UUCUCCGGUCUGCCUGGGGGUAAUUUGGAAGACGGUGUGACUGCAAAGUGUCAUCAUGGGCAAGGAAAAGAUACACAUUAACAUCGUGGUCAUUGGCCAUGUCGACUCUGGCAAGUCCACAACCACUGGACAUCUAAUCUACAAAUGCGGAGGAAUUGAUAAGAGAACCAUCGAAAAAUUUGAGAAGGAGGCUGCCGAGAUGGGCAAGGGAUCCUUCAAGUAUGCCUGGGUGUUAGACAAGCUGAAGGCCGAGCGCGAGCGUGGUAUCACCAUCGACAUCUCCCUCUGGAAAUUCGAGACCGCCAAGUAUUACAUCACCAUCAUUGAUGCCCCCGGACACAGAGACUUCAUUAAGAACAUGAUUACUGGUACAUCUCAGGCGGACUGCGCUGUCCUAAUCGUCGCUGCCGGUGUGGGUGAGUUUGAGGCCGGUAUCUCCAAGAACGGACAGACCCGUGAGCACGCUCUUCUCGCCUACACCUUGGGAGUGAAGCAGCUUAUUGUUGGAGUCAACAAAAUGGACUCCACCGAGCCCCCAUACAGCCAGAAGCGUUUUGAGGAAAUCACCAAGGAAGUCAGCGCCUACAUCAAGAAGAUUGGUUACAACCCCGCCACUGUUGCCUUUGUGCCCAUUUCCGGUUGGCAUGGUGACAACAUGCUGGAGCCCAGCACAAAUAUGACCUGGUUCAAGGGAUGGAAAAUUGACCGCAAGGAAGGUGGUGCCACCGGUGUGACCCUACUGGAAGCCCUGGACUCCAUCAUGCCACCCACCCGCCCCACAGACAAACCCCUCCGACUGCCUCUGCAAGACGUCUACAAAAUUGGAGGUAUUGGAACUGUUCCCGUGGGUCGUGUGGAGACCGGAACCCUUAAGGCUGGUAUGGUGGUGACCUUUGCCCCCGUGAACGUGACCACUGAGGUGAAGUCCGUGGAGAUGCACCACGAGUCGCUGGCAGAGGCUCUGCCUGGUGACAACGUUGGCUUCAACGUGAAGAACGUGUCUGUCAAGGACAUCCGUCGUGGCAACGUGGCUGGAGACAGCAAGAACGACCCCCCACAGGAGGCCGGCAACUUCACCGCUCAGGUCAUCAUCCUGAACCACCCUGGUCAGAUCUCUCAGGGUUACGCCCCUGUGCUGGACUGCCACACCGCUCACAUUGCCUGCAAGUUCUCUGAGCUCAAGGAGAAGAUCGACCGUCGUUCUGGUAAGAAGCUUGAGGACAACCCCAAGAGUCUGAAGUCUGGAGAUGCCGCCAUUAUCCUCAUGAUCCCUGGCAAGCCCAUGUGUGUGGAGAGCUUCUCACAGUACCCACCACUGGGGCGCUUUGCUGUGCGUGACAUGAGGCAGACGGUUGCCGUCGGCGUCAUUAAGGCGGUUGAGAAGAAGGCCGCCUCUGGUGGCAAGGUGACCAAGUCUGCUCAGAAAGCUGCCAAAGCUAAAUGAAUCCUUGCAUCCGCAUCUGACCCCCAAAACAGCACGUCAGUGACCCCCCCUCCUGCAAUGACACAGAACCUCAGCUCUCUUCUAAAGGACUGGCUAAUGCUGAUAAAAACCCAUCGCAAAAGUUUCCGCAGGAAAGGGGAAACGUGGCAUUUUUGAAACGCUUUAGGGGGAAAUUGAUUGCAAAAAUAAUAAUAAU